GUCAAAGUGACCUGCAGCACCGUGGUGGCACCCGCAAAGCGGGUGAACACAGCAUCCUGCAGACAAGGUCUCACAGAAAAAGUGAAGUGUAACAAUUGUAGCAUGAGCCUCUGACUCGUCAGCCAUGACUACGCAGAUCAUGUCGCAUGCACGACUUGCGCUUUGUGACAGACCCUGACAAUGGUAUGCAGUUGACUCCUGGAGCUGGUAAAACUUGGGGUGCUACAGCUUUCUUUCCCGCUAGCCAUUCAGCAUCACGUGUGGGAGUCUUGCGUUUUUGCAUCCAAAUCACUAAGAUGGCCCGUUCAUUUGUGCUGACUGCUGCAGUCCUGCUGUCCUGCGGUGCAUUCCUGACCGCCUUCGUGGCUGCUCCUCGCAGCUCCCACGUGUCUGCUCCUACCGCCAGCACUGGAACUGCAGCAGCCUUGACCGCCGCCACUUUGGUGACCCCACAGGCAGCAUUCGCAGAUGAGGGCUCCGUGUGGAUCCCGGCGCUCUCUGCCAUUGGCGCUGGCUUCGCCAUUGGUUUGGCUGCGAUCGGUUCAGGUCCUGAGGUUGCUGAUGAUCUCCGAGGUGUGCUGCUGCUGUCUUUGGCCUUCAUGGAAUCCCUGACCAUCUAUGGUUUGGUGAUCGCUCUGGAGCAAGAGCCAAUGACAAAUGUUACCUUUGACCCAGUUGAAUGUGCAAAACCAGAUCGACUGGCCCAUUGUUCUGGAUUGACAACGGAGUUCCGCUUGUUCCGUGCUUUCAACAUUACCUCUGAGUACAAAUUGCAGGCAGCAAAGGAUCUGUUCAUUCUCCCACACACCGCGAUGGGUGUUUGCUUGGAAGUGAUGUUCAUCUUUGCUCUUUGCAUGGGAAAUCGAGGCCUGUAUGAACACAGCAAGAUCUUGCUUCCAAUGACGGCCAUCUUCGCUAUACACAUCUUGCCAGUGGCGGGAGGAAUUCCCGACACGCUCACAGGCUUACCUGUAAAUCAGGUCCUGGUGGCUUUGCUGCUCUUGGCCACAGCCACGGGUGCCUUCGGGAUGUACCGCGACUACAAUGCCAAUGGUGGAGAGCCCCCCACAAGACAACGUGCUGGGAGGUUGCUCUUUUGGUCUUGGAUCACAAUAUCGGUGUUAGUGAAUUUGGCGCCGAUUGGUGAGUGGGGAAUGCUGCUGACCUCGUGGAAUUCGAAAGCAUCACCAGAUGUCCCAAAUCCGCUUUCGGGCCGCGACUUCUAUAGCAAAUUGAAUUGUCCAUGGCUGGGCCGCAUCGGUGCCAUGUUCGCUCUUUUCAAUAUCUUCAUGUACGCUUUUGACGUUUACGCUGAAGAAAGAGGGGCACGAUGGAGAAGUCCGUUCAGCAGGGAUGGGCCAGCUCUUUGGCAAUUGGCAAGGAUGCCAUAUCCCAAUGUGGACAACAAUUUCUAUCAGAUGCCUGAGCGGUGGCUCGAAGCCACCGGUGAGUGUUUUGUGCUUUGCAUCGGCGUCUCCUGGCUGGUGACGGCCAUGUUCAACCCAGGCAUCUUCAGAGACAAUAUUCUUCGAAGUAUUGUCGGAUACAACAACCUUUGCGUCGGAUUUGAUAGCGUCCCGGCGAGAUAUGUGGCCAUGCCAUUGCUGGUGAUGCAAGCUGUUUUGGCUGCUCGUUAUAGUUAUUUGGACACCAUCCGCCUCAAAGCCACCAGAUCAUAUUUGACAUGGUGGCAAUUUCAGCUUGGAUAUUGGGCCAACACAAUCUUUGCGGUGUGGAUGGCUUGUUUCCCAAUGCUCCUCGUGAUCACAGCUGAAUUUGACAGCUGGAUGAGCACCAAGAUCCACCUCUUCCUUUUCAUGGCGACUCUGUUCAUCAUGUGGAUGAUGCUGGCUGGCAACGUCAUUGAAGCACCUGAGUUGGAGUUUGGGACGAAAGUCUGGUUUGGGCUCUUCACAUUUCACACAUUCAUGCUGCCAGUGGUCGGAACAAUUGACGUUUUGAGUUUCCAUCCAGAGUUGACACCGGACCAGAUUCCUUCCAUCCGCUACGAAUAUCCGCACCCACCAAUUCCAUGGCCUGUGGUCGCAUAUUUGGAUUAUGGAUUGUUCAUGCUGCUGAUGUUGACCGUCGUGUUCCUUCCCGAAGCACCUCCAGUGGAAACUCGCAUGAAAGUCGACAUGAACACGACUUUCGGCAAGAUCAUCAGCCAAGAGGAAGUGGAGGAGUCUGAUUCAUCUGCGUCAGGGGACUACAAACUUGCAGUGUGCGGCUAUGACGACGACGACGACGAUGAUUGA